UGUUUUUUUUUUUUAAAUCCACUCAGGUUUCUGACCGGAAGAGCUAAAAGUGAGGCCUUGCAGGCCACUCAGUGAAAGACUGAAACAACUUUUAAAAAGGCAUAACAAGAUGCAUGUCAGUGACAAAGAGCAAGAUGCAUGUCAGUGAUAAUGUUGGCAAUACUUAAGAAACAACUCGCAAAGUUGCAUAGCGUUCUUGUGAACCAUGAUCUCUGAUGCUGGUGUCAUUCCCUGGAAUUGACAGGUUUUCUCUGAAAAGCCUGCUGAUAUCAGCAAUACAGUGACACAAAGUCAUGCUUAAAUAUAAAAGAUUAAAGAUAAAGCUUAUAUAAAGGAAUGAAACUUAGGCAAAACAGCCCAAAUGGAAUUAAGCAAGUAGGAGAGGGAAUGAAAAGAAUUAAAAUUUAUUAAGAGCUUAUAUAAAGCUGAGAAGUUCCUGUUUCAACAUUACCCUUUUACCCUAUGGGUGCUUAUACCCCUUUCUGUUUCAUUACAAAAACUAGCUCUUGAUUACUUUAUCAGAGGUUUAAGGCUCUGAAAUUUCCAAAGAUUGAUCAAUCAUCAAACAGUCUGUUUUUCUCUCUUAUUAUUGUACUACUGUACUUCCAUCCAAUCCUUCAUAUGCGAUUUGGGGAGGUGAAUAGUUGAGUCGUUAGAGCACCUUUGUCUGAACCCUGAGACACACCACAUACCAGUGUGGUGCAGCAAGUUUCUCUCCUCUCCCCCCAUUACUUCCCAGUUGACCCAGGAAUAGAUAGCUGACUGUAUAGGGGGUUGGGGACAAUGACAAUUCUUUAUUAAUGAGAGGUUCUGUAUCAGUUUACUCAUCUGAAUACAAUUAUUCAUCUGUACAGUCCCGUUACUCAUUUAGAUACAGACCAGUUACUCAGCUGAAUAGUCUAGCUACUCCUGAGUAUAGUCUGGCUGCACAUCUGAACAAUCCAACUGUUGUGUAGCUGUCAUCAGCCUUCCCCCAACCUCCCCAAGCCAGAAAUAACAAAGACUUCUUUGAAGCUCUCAGUUAUAAGAAGAAUUCUUUCUGCUUACAUCACAGCUCUUCGGAGCUAUCAGAUUAUGAGGUCGCUACACCAAAUAAUGAUCAAAUCCCAAAGAGCAAUUAUGACUUGGGAAAGAGGGUAAGACAAAGUGAUGUAUCUUAGAAGACAUUGCUAGAUAAAAUAAAACAACUUACAUCUAAAACCAUACUUUCACCCAAACACGAAAGCACAGGCAAACACACAACAUUUCAUCUACUAUUCAGCAUUUCCUCUAGCAUACAGGUACUUUGCAGAUGUGUGGUUUUCCAGAAGUUCUUCAACUUUAUCCUCUUUGAUAUGUCAGUGUUAUCCAUCAUGCACUAGCUGAAUGUAACCUUUGCACUUGCACAACAGUGGGCUCUAUAGAUUCCACCCAUGUGCCUAUGGCAGGUACACACUUGCAACAGGCAGGACAGAGUUUAUCAGUUGAGUGACCUGUAAGUAGGCUACAGAAAUUCCCCAACAAAAUGUUGUACAAAUGGGCAAGGCAGGCAAAGGAGUGUCUGUAUGUUUUGCACAAACACUACUAAAGCACACAAGGGCAGAUGGGAAUUUGCUGUACACUCUAAAAAGCAGCAUUAUGGAGGAAGCAGAACUGGAAGUACAUGAUAAUGACACUGACCUUUCAACAAAUUCUGCCACCUUAACAACUGUGUCAAGUCAGUUCCCCAAAUAUGCUCGGUAAACCCAUAAAAUCUCUCCUGCAACUGAUUAGAAUCACCUGAAAUAUCAAUGACUUCAGAUUUUGCAUUCCAGAGAAUGCUUUGUACCGUCCAAUUCUGUCGGAAAGAAAUGGAACUAAAUUUACUUCUGCUUUGUUCUGAAACGUACCUAGGUGUAAGUUUCUGCGGACAUCAAUCAGUGAGUGUUUAGUAGGUCGUCGAUCUCACGAAUGCUCUUCAUCCACUAGCAGCUAUGAUGCUGUUUAUUUUCCCAAAAUAAAGUUGUGAGCGGUAACUAAGCUGAACAACAUGUCAUCCCCACGAGGGUGGGGAACAAUGCACUGAGGUGUAAAAUUAGGGUUCUAUUACAGCGAAGAGCAUGAGAGCUAGGGAACCCUCUCUCUCCCAAGUGCCAUUUUGAUGUUUAUAACAUCAUUUGCGGGCCACAUAAAAUUAGCCUGAUAUAUUUGGUCAAACGUUUCUCCAGCAUUAUAUUGGCUUUAUUUCAUUAUUGCAAAUUAUAAGCUAUUAUUAUUAUAAUUUAAUAUAAAUUUAUGCUGCUUUUAAAACUAGUUACUAGAUUAUUCUUUAAAUUUUCAGACCCGCCUGCAAUUGCCUUGGCAGGGCCCAAAGAAAUGGACGUUCAACAAACACCUGUUCGGUUUGUGCAGGGUGGGAAUCUGACCCCCAAAAAAUCGCAAUUCUUUGUCUACAUCCUUCCGCCCUCCUUUUUAUGUCAGCCUCCAUCUGCCUGGUAAGCUGUUCUCUGCAACGACGACUGCAUCAACCAAACAAAACACUUGACUAAGCACGCACACACACGCACACAAACUCUCUUAUACACUUUUCUCCUAGACCCUCUAGUGGUCUCUCUCUCACACACAAACAUAUCCCGACUACCAGCCGCUCUGCUUGGACUAACAAAGCGUACAGCAUUUACAGCAAAUGGUGAUGGGAUAUAGGUGUUGUUGACACCUGAAUGCCUUCUACCAUGUCUUCACAGUUCAUCUCCACACAAAGAAACGGAAUGAGGUUUUUCGGUCCAGUCAAAGCACUACAGAACCCCCACCCCACUCUUUCCAACAGUCACCCCUCCUGCCUCCUGUAUCGGAUCGCUGUGCUAUCCUGUCAUUUAGAGACUCCGCCUGGUAGGUAGCUUGUUAGGAAAAAAAUUGGGUACAAAAGGAAGUGAGCGGAAAGAGUGAAGCACCUGUUGUGUGAUGUGUGACUGGCGUCGUGUCGGGGGGGGGCAACAUCGAAUGAAGUGAACAAUGGAAGAAAAAACACACGGCGUUACAUUUUUCUGCCAAAUGGGGAAUUUUUUCAUUAUGGACUCGGAGCAGCUGGUGUGCAAGCCGUUUCAGGAUCUGCAACUGGAGGCGGUGGCGGUGGCGGAGGCGCAGAAGAAAGCGUCGAUGACUGAGCGGAUGACCAGCGUCAAGAAUAACGUGUGCGAGAAUCACCUGCUGAUGGCGCGCUCGCAGCUGCACCGCGAGGAGACGCAGCGCCUCAAACAGCUGCACGACAGCUCCAGCAAGCUCCGAUACGAGGUGAAGUUGCUAGACCUUGACAAGCAGAGGCAUGUGAUGGAGACGAAGAAGCGGCUGAUGCCAGAGCGCGAUUACAGCUAUGAGGAGCUGCAGCUGAGCAACACGGAGCGACGGCUGGGGGCCAACAUCACCUCCUUCUACCUACAGCGCCGGAUGCGCUUUCCCCCGCGCCUCAAGGCAGGCAGCGUCAUCGGCCUCACGCCCACCGUCAGGCGCGCGCGCCAGGCCCUAAAGGUACACGCCGCCGGCAAGAAGGGCGACGCCGACGUCAACGACAAAGACGUGGACGACGAUGCGGUGUCUCGGGCGUUCCCAGCGCCUGGCGAAAAGCGGCGGGAGUGUCCGCGGUCAGCACCCAUCAAGGUGCGAAGCGGAGGGACGGCGGGGGCUGUCGUACGGCUACCGAUCCUCGGCGGCGACGGGAGCAAAGGUCACGUGAAGGUAGUGCCCAUGCAACAGCUGAGCAAGAGUAUGGAGAGCGACGACCAGACGACGAGAGCGUCUGUGCCCCGCCGUCCUUCGACCUACCACCCCGACACCCGGACUGGGCGGCUAGUGCAGGAUUCGCGCGAAUCCCGCCGGGAGACAUGUGACGACGAUAAUGAUAUUGAUGACGAUGAUGACGACGACGACUCAUCUCUCCCGGACUACCUCGAUCUCCGUGCACUGCUGUUCGGUCAAGGAGACGCCCAGGAUGCGGGAGGCUUUCCUCUUCGCGGCAGAGCCUCCUGCGCUCAGCAAGGCCAGACGCCCUCCACCGUCAGACGUGCUCAAGGCUUGGGGCCGCGCGUGACGCAGGACCUGAUCCAGCAGGAGAAUCAGCACGUGCAGAGCAAAGUACACCGCUUCCUGCACGGGUUACAGACGGCCGUCCGCCACACCGCCACCUCAGACAGCGACGACGACUACGACGACGAGGGUGACACACUCGUCACAUCUCGCGACCAGCACCAGCAUGCACCAGCAACACACUCCGCAAAUGUUGGUAAAGACGGCAUGGACUUUCAAACUGGUUCUGCCACGACCCAGGACCAGGAAGGUCAAAGUUCGUCCUUGCGAAAGGUCAAGAACGCUUGGAAGUACAUAAGGGGUCGCGGAACCUCCGCCAACCCGCCGCACGGCACCUACACUACGGAAGAGCUGGUGCUGCAGGCCCUGACGGGGGUGUCCCUGCAGCAUGCCCUGACGGCUGGCGUGCCCUUCCACUGCGCCAAGCGCGCCCUGCGUCACACUGCCACCUUCAAGAUGCAGCGCGUGGUGGAGAAGCUCGUCAGCGAACGCACGCGCUACCAGCAGCACGAGGUGCAGGAGCUUAAGAGGAUGAUGGAGGGGGACGAGGCCGACCAGCCACGUCUGCAGUCGCCCGAGAACAAGAAUUUGGAACUGGAGCUAGAACCUGCCGAGUGACCGAAGCUCAAUGGCUGUGGUAGUUGUGUUGCCGAAAACAAGCAAUGGAAACUGGAACUGGUCAACUGACCGUAACUCAACGGCUAUGGUAGCUGAUGUUGCCGGCGGUGGUGGAUUGUACAUGUUGCCGCUGCCGAGAGUAAGCAAUGGAAACUGAAACUGCCCGACUGAACUCAUGCUGCACCUGUUGCUGCUGGCGCUGUUGCUGUUGCUGUAGUUGUUGUUAUUGCUGUAAUUGUUGGUGUCGCUGGUAAUAUUGUUAACCGUAUAUAACCCCCUCCCCACGUUUGUCUUUCGAUGACGAUGGGAGGUGGUGGAGGAAUUUGCGUCUUACGCCGAGUCAGCAACGCCACGAGCAAGACAGCCAGCCCUGUAAAUAGAUGCCAGUCCUUCGACGACACGUCGAUGUAACAAAUAAGUGGUGUGAAAGUAGAGGGAGCCCUCCACCAAAAAAAUGAUCCUACCAAACUGUCAAAGUCAAACAGGUUCAUCAACCACUUGUCGCCAGCGUGGGUACUUUAGCGGACGUCAACAACUUUCAUAUGCUUACGUCUGCAGUCCAAGUUUCCUGAUGUCCAUGUCAUUGUACUGAAAACGACACAAUAUUGUAAAACUGUUCUUAAACUGCUUUUGCAAUGAAUUUUGUAAUUAGUAGUGUAAUCGGUUUUUACAGUCAAUGGUCGUUAAGUGUAUUGACCUGACGGUCUGAGAGCACACAAGCACCAGUUCUGCCAAGUUCCUCUCUUUAAAACAAAACCAAAACGUCCAGACAUGUUGAUGCUUGGUGCAUACUUUUCACAAAUUUGACUGCUAUGACGGCAAUAACAACUCAUCGAUAUGUUUUUAUUAUCUCUAUUAUUCCAACAACCUUUAACUUUAAAAAAAUUGUCAGUACUGAAA